AUGGACUCGAAGAUCUGCGUGCUGGACGCCUGCAAUCCCACCGUCGGUCGUUGCGUCCUCCGUCGCCCUCCGUCGUUGCGUCCUCCGAUGCCACCCUCGGCCGCGACCUCGUCGAAAUCGGCGUCAACGACGUCUUCUCCGUCCCCGGCAUCUUCAACCUCACCCUCUUCGGCCACCUCAUCGCCGAGCCCGGCCUCAACCUCGUCGGCCUCAACCUCCGUCGUUGCGUCCUCCGAUGCCACCCUCGGCCGCCACCUCGUCGAAAUCGGCGUCAACGACGUCUUCUCCGUCCCCGGCAACUUCAACCUCACCCUCUUCGGCCACCUCAUUGCCGAGCCCGGCCUCAACCUCUCGGCAACUCGUAGCAACAGUAGCCGCCGCUGCCGCUCUCUGCUCCACUCGCCCAACCUCCCUGCAACACCUCUUGAAGCAGAACUAGUCCUCGCUGCCACCGUCGCCAACACCCCUUGCCGCCGUCGUCGCUCACCAUCCUUGCCGGCAGCAUCCAGUUAA